CUGCUGCUAAAUAAAAUCCAACUCCCACUCUCACUUCCCACUCAUCUCUCUGAGCAGCCUCAGCUCUCUGCUUUCUGCAAAAAUGGCUCAGAAGACGUUUUUCUACUUGGCCUUUUUCUCAGCAUUCUUCACACUCACUUCACUCUCCCGCACCCUACCCGAAUCCGAAACCGCCACCUUCCUCGACGUCUCCGCCUCCCUCCGCCAAGCCCACGCCGUCCUAUCCUUCGACCCCGAAUCCCUCAAGCCCCUGGAGUCCCAAUCCCAGGAAUCCCGACCCCUCAACUCCUCCGCCUUAUCCCUCCAGCUCCACCCCCGGGACGCCCUCUUCAAUUCCCAGCACAAGGACUACAAAUCCCUCACCCGCACCAGACUCUACCGCGACUCGGCCCGAGUCCACUCGCUCCACAGCAAGCUCCAGCUGGCACUCCAGGGGAUCAAAAAAUGGGAUCUCGAGCCCAUGCACGCCAAGAUCCUACCCCAGGACCUCUCCACCCCCGUCGUCUCCGGCAUCAGCCAGGGCAGCGGAGAGUACUUCUCCCGGAUUGGCGUCGGGACACCGGCGAAGUCGUUCUACAUGGUUCCGGACACCGGCAGCGACGUCAACUGGCUCCAGUGCGACCCCUGCUCCGACUGCUACCAGCAAUCCGACCCUGUUUUCAACCCCGCCGGAUCCUCCAGCUACAGCCAGCUCACGUGCGACGCGCCGCAAUGCCAGGCCCUCGAGGUGUCCGCCUGCCGCGCCAAUAAGUGCCUCUAUCAGGUGUCGUACGGCGACGGGUCCUACACCGUCGGCGAUUACGUCACCGAAACGCUGUCGUUUGGUAACUCGGGCUCGAUUAACAAAAUCUCGCUGGGAUGCGGACACGAUAAUGAGGGAUUAUUUGUCGGGGCUGCCGGAUUACUCGGCCUCGGCGGUGGGCCCCUCUCACUUACCUCCCAGUUCAAAGCGUCGUCGUUUUCGUACUGUUUGGUGAACCGCGACUCGUCCGCGUCGUCGACUCUGGAGUUCAACUCCGCCCCACCGGCAGACUCGGUCACGGCGCCGUUACUUCAGAGCGGAAAAGUCAGCACGUUUUACUACGUGGGCCUCACCGGAUUCAGCGUCGGCGGUCAGCCGGUCUCCGUCCCGCCGUCGCUCUUCGCAGUGGACGAGUCCGGAAACGGCGGGAUCAUCGUCGACUCGGGAACAGCCAUAACUCGGUUGCAGACUCAGGCGUACAACUCGCUCCGCGACGCGUUCAAGAGAUAUACCCGUGACCUGCCGACAGCAAGCAGCUUCGCGCUGUUCGACACGUGCUACGACCUGUCGUCGCGGACCAGGGUGCAGGUCCCAACGGUGGCGUUUCAGUUUUCUGGCGGGAAGUCUCUGAGCCUUCCCGCGAAGAACUACUUGAUUCCUGUGGACUCCGCGGGGACGUUUUGCUUCGCUUUCGCACCGACGUCGUCGUCGCUGUCUAUCAUUGGGAACGUCCAGCAGCAAGGGACACGUGUCAGCUACGAUUUGGCGAACAAACGCGUGGGAUUCUCGCCAAAUAAAUGUUAAGAAAAGUUUAAAAACGUAGGGUCGGACUCGGGCUGUUUAGGUAUUAGGUUCGGAUCGUGACAUGAAAUUAUUGUGCAACUAGCUGUUUAUCCCUCGUAAAUUUGAUAAGUGAUAAAGAAGGUGAUCGUAAAGUUGUUGCGGUAUUGUAUGAUAUUGAAAUACGAAUGCUGUAUAACUAGUUCAAAUGUCAUAAAGUUGCAUCUACUUCCAUAUCAUAAUAAGCAACACUACCAAUUCACGGA